UUUGAGAGGACUGCUAAUUAUCAUCUGUGUUAUGUUGUUUACCGGUUCUUGGGGAAGCGACUUUAUAGCACCUCCAAGUCAAACAACUACAGGCGCUCCUUCUGCUGAAGUUAUUGAUUCUCAUGGGAUCGACUACAAUACAACAACUUCAAGUCUCACAACUACAGGCGUUCUUUCUGAUAAUGUUACCAAUUCUCAAGGGAUUGACUAUAAUACAACAACUCCAAGUCUCACAACUACAGGCGUCCUUUCUGAUAAUGUUACCAAUUCUCAAGGGAUUGACUAUAAUACAACAACUCCAAGUCUCACAACUACAGGCGUCCUUUCUGAUAAUGUUACCAAUUCUCAAGGGAUUGACUAUAAUACAACAACUCCAAGUCUCACAACUACAGGUGUCCUUUCUGUUAAUGUUACCGGUUGCCUCGGGUACGACUAUAAUACAACUUCAAGUCUCACAACUACAGGCGUCCUUUCUGUUAUUGUUACUGGUUCCCUUGAGUACAACUAUAAUACAACAACUUCAAGUCUCACAACUACAGGCAUUGUUUCUGUCAAUGUUACCGGUUCUCAAGGGUUCGACUAUAAUACAUCUCCAAGUCUCACAGCUACAGGUGUCAUUUCUGUUAAUGUUACCGGUUGCAUCGGGUACGACUAUAAUACAACUUCAAGUCUCACAACUACAGGCGUCCUUUCUGUUAUUGUUACCGGUUCCCUUGAGUACAACUAUAAUACAACAUCUCCAAGUCUCACAACUAUAGGCACCCUUUCUGUUAUUGUUACCGGUUCCCUUGGGUACGACUAUAAUACAACAACUUUAAGUCUCACAUCUACAGGCGUCUUUUCUGUUAUUGUUGCCAGUUCCCUUGGGUACAACUAUAAUACAACAAAUCCAAGUCUCACAACUACAGGCAUCCUUUCUGUUAAUGUUACCGGUUCCCUUGGGUACGACUAUAAUACAACAACUUCAAGUCUCACAACUACAGGCGUCUUUUCUGUUAUUGUUGCCAGUUCCCUUGGGUACAACUAUAAUACAACAACUCCAAGUCUCACAACUACAGGCGUCCUUUCUGUUAAUGUUACCGGUUCCCUUGGGUACGACUAUAAUACAACAACUUCAAGUCUAACAACUACAGGCGCCCUUUCUGUUAUUGUUGCCGGUUCCCUUGGGUACAACUAUAAUACAACAAUUCCAAGUCUCACAACUACAGGCGUCCUUUCUUGUAAUGUUACCGGUUCUCAAGGGAUCAAUUAUAAUACAACAACUCCAAGUCUCACAACUACAGGCGUCCAUUCUGUUAAUGUAACCAGUUCCCUUGGGUACGACUAUAAUACAACAACUUCAAGUCUCACAACUACAGGUGUCCAUUCUGUUAAUGUUACCGGUUCCCUUGGGUACGACAAUAAUACAACAACUCCAAGUCUCACAACUACAGGUGUCCAUUCUGUUAAUGGGACCGGUUCUCAAGGGAUCGACUAUAAUACAACAACUCCAAGUCUUGCAACUACAGGUGUCCAUUCUGUUAAUGUUACCAGUUCCCUUAAGUACAACUUUAAUACAACAACUCCAAGUCUCACAACUACAGGUGUCCAUUCUGUUAAUGUUACCGGUUCCCUUGGGUACAACUAUAAUACAACAACUUCAAGUCUCACAACUACAGGUGUCCAUUCUGUUAAUGUUACCAGUUCCCUUAAGUACAACUUUAAUACAACAACUCCAAGUCUCACAACUACAGGUGUCCAUUCUGUUAAUGUUACCGGUUCCCUUGGGUACAACUAUAAUACAACAACUUCAAGUCUCACAACUACAGGUGUCCAUUCUGUUAAUGUUACCGGUUCCCUUGGGUACGACAAUGAGUAUGACUAUGACGGAAUAUUUACAAAUCUCGUAAAUACAGAGCACAAGAUGUUUAACAAACCUUCUUGA